AACAAAAGAAAAGAGAUAAAAAGUUUGUAGCAUUAUUUUCAAGAGAAACAUAAUAAUAAAAAGGUAGGCCCGUAUAUUAUUAAGCGUUUAAACUUUAAAGGGUUUUCACUAUGACCUAAUUCAAAAUUCAAAUUAGAUGAAAACCCUUAUUCUGUUGUAUGAAAACCCUGAUUUUCAGCGACUACGAAGCGAGAGGCCGAGAAAGAGUAGGUUACUUGAGUUAGAGAUUUUCAGUGACUACGAAGCUUCACGGAGAAGAGGCAGCGGCGGAAUGGUGUGUAUAUCACCGUUACAAACAACUCGGGCGGUGAGAAAUCCGCGAUUGGGGGAGGGGAAUUGCAGUGGAAAGCACGAUAAAGAUAGAUGCGUCAAUGUACGGGUCAUUGUGCGGUGCAGGCCUUUGAGUGAGGAUGAUGAGGCUAGAUUCCAUACACCUAUGGUGAUUUCUUGCAAUGACAGCAGAAGUGAAGUUUGUUUGGUUCAGAGUAUUGCAAAUAAGCAAAUUCAAAGGACUUUCCUAUUUGACAAGGUCUUUGGUUCAUCAUCCCAACAAAAGGAUUUAUACGAUCAAGCAGUACGCCCCAUAGUAUUUGAAGUUCUGGAAGGCUACACUUCCACCAUCUUUGCCUACGGGCAAACUGGAACUGGGAAAACCUACACUAUGGAGGGUGGCUCAAGAAAAAAGAAUGGUAAUAUCCCAAGUGAUGCAGGGGUUAUUCCAAGAGCCAUUAGACAAAUAUUUGACAUCUUAGAAGCUAAAAAUGCUGAGUACAGCUUAAAGGUCACAUUCUUAGAACUUUACAACGAGGAAAUAACAGAUCUUUUGGCGCCAGAAGAAUGUUCGAAAUUCAUACAAGACAAGUCAAAGAAACCAAUAGCCCUCUUGAAGGAUGGAAAAGGGGGAAUUUUUGUUAGGGGAUUGGAAGAGGAGACUGUGACAACAGCUGAUGAAAUAUAUAAGAUCUUGGAGAAAGGUUCUGCCAAGAGGAGAACAUCACAUACCAUUCUCAACAAACAGAGCAGCCGUUCUCACUCUGUAUUUUCUAUCACUCUUCAUAUCAAGGAGUGUACUCCAGAAGGAGAGGAGAUGAUCAAAUGUGGGAAGCUAAACAUAGUUGACCUGGCUGGCUCAGAAAAUAUUUCACGUUCCGGUGCAAGGGAGGGAAGAGCAAGAGAAGCAGGUGAGAUAAACAAAAGCUUGCUGACACUUGGUCGAGUCAUAAAUGCCUUGGUUGAACGUUCUGCUCAUAUACCCUACAGAGAUAGCAAGUUAACGAGGUUGCUGAAAGAUGAUUUGGGAGGUGAAACAAAGACCUGUAUAAUUGCUAUGAUAUCACCUUCCACCCACUGUUUAGAAGAGACACUCAGUUCAUUAGAUUAUGCUCAUCUUGCCAAAAACAUAAAGAAAAAACCAGAGGUCAAUCAGAAGAUGGUUAAGUCCGUCCUGAUCAAGGAUUUCUACUUUGAAAUUGAUCGACUAAAACAAGAGGUGCAUGUUACAAGAGAAAAUAAUGAAAUCUAUGUACCAAAAGAUCGUUUUCUCCAGGAUGAGGCUGAGAAAAAGGUGAUGUUAGAGAAUAUCAAACAUAUGGAAAUCGAUAGAGGGAACAAGCACUUGGCCUCCGAGAGGAACUGGAAACUGCUGAAUCAGAUGUCUCUAAUCUGUUCGCCGAAAUUGAGGGCUCAACAGUUUGAUAUCUUACAUAAGGCGGUAGCAUCUGCCACCACGCAGCAAGAACAUCACCUUAAAGCAAUGGAAGAAGAUAUGCAUCUGUUUGUAUCUUCAAAGAUAGAGGCUGCUGAACAACUUCAAGAUCAUCUAGUGAUAUUGAAAACCAAGUAUGGCUCGGGAAUCAAGAGUUUAGGAGAUUUAGCUGGAGAACUUGAUGGUAACUCUCAAUCGGUAAUUGGUGACAUGAAUACCGAAGUUUCCAAGCAUUCUUCAGAUCUUGAAAAGGUCUUUGGUCCAUCAUCCCAGCAAAAGGAUUUGUACGUUCAAACAGUGUGUCAUGGAUUUGUAUUUGAUGUUCUGGAUGCCUACACUUCUACCAUCUUUGCCUACGGGCAAACUAGACCUGGGGAGACCUACACUACUGAGGCUGGGUCUAGAAAAAAGAAUGGUGAUAUCCCAAGCAAUGUUGGGGUUAUUCCAAGAGCCAUUAGACUAAUUUUUGACAUCUCAGAAGCUCAAAAUGCUAAGUACAGCCUGAAGGUCACAUUCUUAGAACUUUACAAUGUGGAAAUAACAGAUGUUUUGGUGCCGGAAGAAUUUUCGAAAUUCAUAGAAGACAAAUCAAAGAAACCAAUAGCUCUCUUGGGGGAUGGGAAAGGGGGAAUUUUUCUUAGGGGAUUGGAAGAUGAGAUUGUGACAACAGCUGAUGAAAUAUAUAAGAUCUUAGGGAAAGGUUCUGCCAAGAGGAGAACAACAGAGACCCUUCUGAACAAACAGAGCAGCCCUUCUCACUCUGUAUUUUCUAUCACUAUUCAUAUCAAGGAGUGUACUCCAGAAGCAGAGGAGAUUAUCAAAUGUGGGAUGCUAAACUUAGUCAACUUGGUUGGCUCAGAAAGUAUUUCACAUUCCAGUGCAAGAGUGGGAAGAGCACGGGAAGCUGGUGUGAUAAACAAAAGCUUGCUGACAAUUGGUCGAGUCAUAAAUUCCUUUGUUGAACAUUCUGCUCAAAUACCCUACAGGCCUGAGCAGGUCGAGGAGCCCGAUCCAGAAGCUAUUCCUAAGGCUGUGGGUUCUUUACCCACUGAAGAGAGUGUAGUUGAUGCACCUCAGGAGAUAGAUGAGUAUGAUGACCUUGUCGGUCCAAUUGAUAUAUUGAAGCCUUUGGAGAAGUCUGGAUUUUGGGAAGAGAAAGCUUCAAAAUGGUGUGAGAGGAAAGAGGCUGUGCUGAACAGACCGAACUUGCAUCCACGAAAAAGAUUGCUCCCGGUGAUUUUUAAGAACUUUGUCGAACAUUAAAGAAGGUUAUCACAGAUGUACACAUUAGUGU